UAUAGCGGAUGAAUACUGGGAGAUCGCAGACAAACUGCGCCAGCUUCCGCAUACCAUCAGAGGAGUAGUGACAGAGAGGACGCUAUUCCUGCUUCUUCAUUUUUCCUCUUCUUAAAGGUAAAUUCUCAUCUGUUUGCUCGGACUCCUGAACAGGACCUGCAGUAUCAGAUCUGAGAUCUUCAAGCUCUACAGAUUCUUUCUGUCAUUGUGAAGAAACAUCUUGAAGAAUGAGAAGCCUGAUGUUUCUGCUGGUCCUGGUGAUCUUCUGCUCUCUGCAGAUGACUUCAAGCGCUCCACUUGCAGCUGAUGUGUCAGACUGCUGUAUGGAGUUCACUGAUGUGAAGAUUCCUGUGAAACAGGUGAAGUCUUACUACUGGACCAGCAGCAACUGUCCCAGACGAGCCGUUGUGUUUCAGAUGAUUUCAGGGAGAAAGAUCUGUGUAGAUCCAGAGACCACCUGGUUGAGCGGACAUGUUGCUAAAGUGGACCAGAGAACAACAUCUGCUGCUACAACAACAAAAACUGCUUCUACAGCAAAGACUCAGAGCCCCACAGUCUAAAAGAAGCUACACUGUUUCUGUUUGAACUCUGCAUUUCAUAUUGUAUAUUUUGCUGAUGUAUAUAUAAAACUAUUUUAUUUACAGAAUCAUUUAUGUAAUUGGGUUCAGUUGUUUUAAUAAAAUAUAAAUGAUAA